AUGGCAGAUGCAGCUAUGGACACCAUCUCUGAGAUCACCACCAAAGAUUUGAAGAAAAAGAAGAAAGUUAUUGAGAAAGUAGAGAAUGGAAGAGAAGCCCCUGUUGAUAAGAAAAAUGGGGAACAGGUGGCUGACAAUAAGGUAUAUGAAGAAGGUAGGGAGGAAGAAGAUUAUGGUGAGGAAAAGGAUGGAGAUGAAGAUGAGGAAGCUAAGGCAGCUACCAGAAAGUGGUCAGCUGAAGAUGAUGAGGAUGAUGUUGAUACCAAGAAGCAGAAGAUGGAUGAGGAUGACUACAUAGCAAAAAAAGGAAGUUGUUGA